AUGAUCCACACUGGCGAGAGGCCCCACAAGUGUGACAUUUGUGGCAAGGGCUUCAGGAUGCGAUGGCGCGUCGCCCUGCACCGAAGGACUCACACCGGCGAGAAGCCUUACGGUUGCCCAAUUUGCAGUUUUCGUGCCAACAGGAAGGAUAACAUGCAUGGGCACAUGAGGAGGCGGCACGGCGGCAUUUUCCCCAUUCGAGACGCCAGUGGAAAGAUCAGAAAGACAGCAACAGGGCCAAAGAAGCGCCGCACUUGGAAGCGAAAGUCCAGGCGAAUGCCAAAGAAGCAGGCGCAAGAACUCAGUCAGGACUCGAAGCCCUUAGUUUCUGAACGAGAUGCAUUCAGUUCGCAGAACGACGUACCACUUCGAAGCUCUCAGUUUGUAUUCCAGCAUUCCCCAUACGUCUUGCAGCAGCCUCAUCAAGUCAUUCCAGACACCCCUCCCCUGCCGAGUCGGUCUAGCGGAGAGCAAGAUCCUUUAAUGAUACAACCACCGCCGGACCAGGAGCCUCUUUUCAUCAUGGAAGAUCUAGCAUCUCAGUCGAUGUACCCUGUAGAGCACCAUGCUUCCAAAGCAAUUUUCGAUGACCCAGAAGUAAAGAAGAAUGGUAGGAGUAUAUUCAAUGCCGAAGUCCAGGUGUCUGAAGUGCCCUAUAGUAAUGAUUCAGUGCACACACUCACGGUUCCAUACCAAGUCUAUAUCAAAGAGGAACCACAAGAGCCAAUGGUCCAGUACGCUCGUCCUCGAAGGGAGGCGGCUAAUCUGGGCCACAUUCGUCGAAUAUCCAUGAUGCUCGACGAAGAGGAAAUCAAGAAGGAAAUAGGUGACGAGGACGCGGCCCCACCAGCAAGGCGUGGACCCAAGAAGGGGAGGCGCGGCACCAACUACAAGCAGUUCUCCCCAAACCUGAAGAGCGAAGGAGACUUCUUUGAGCCGCCUGUAGUUUGGGCGACCGAGGAGGACCUCCUCUUUACCGACGAUGACACGUUGAAGUUGGAAGAGGAUAUGGAUCUCCUAGAAUAA